AAUACAAGCCACAUUUAAGAUGUCCAGUAGAAAUGUACGUAAAGUAUUUGGUGAUAACCGUCUGCCAGAGCCCUGUGAUGAUUCCGAUGAUGAUUACGAACCUCUAUAUGCAAAGAAUACAGCUUCUAAGUUCACUUAUGAAGGGCUUGAGUUGAGCUCUCACUCUGAAAAAGAGCAGGAGCCCUCAGAAUCGGAAUCAGUUGAAGAGGUUGAACCCCAGCCAGAAACAAGCAAGAAGAAAAAUAAACGAAAAAAGAAAAAACUAAAGAAAGCUAAAGAGGCAGUUGAAGAUGGAGAGGUCUAUUUACCACUUUUCUCAAGUGAUUUAAAGAAGUUGCAUGGUGAUUUUCUAGUAGAAGGAUGA